AUGAUUCUUAUUCUUCCCAUUUAUUAUUGUCAAAUAGAUUUUCAAACGAUUUGUCAAGCCGGUAUUCGACAAGAUAAUACAAAUUAUAUACAUUGUGGUCGUAAACAAUUAAAUGAUAUUCCAAAUUUUUCACGUACAACAAAUACAUUUUAUGAUGAACUUGUUUUAAAUGAUAAUCAAAUAAUUGAAAUACAUAAAAAUUCAUUUCAAGGUUUACGUGUAAAACGUUUAAAUUUAUCUGGAAAUAAAAUACGUUCAAUAGAUAUUUAUGCAUUUAUUGAAUUAGCUAAUUAUCUUGAAGAAUUAAUUAUUGAAUUUGAUAUAAAUAUUCUUCAUGAUAUACCUGAUGCAAUAAAAAAUAAUUUAAUAAAUUUACGUAUAUUAAAAAUAAUAAAUCUUAAUUUAACAAUAAUAAAAAAUAAUACAUUUAUUAAAUAUCGUAAAUUAGAAGAAUUAUCAAUAAUAAAAUCAAAUAUAAAAUUAAUUGAAAUAAAUGCAUUUAAUUCAUUAAAUAAUUUACGUUCAUUACAUCUUGAUCAAAAUCAAUUAACAGAUAAUAUAUGGUUUAUUUUAAAAAAAUAUUUAAAUAAUUUAGAAAUAUUAACAUUAAGUCAAAAUAAUUUAAAUAUAUUAAAAGAUAAUUUUUUAAUUAAAAAUUUAAAAUAUCUUGAUUUAUCAUCAAAUGGUAUACAAAUAAUAGAAAAGAAUUUUUUUGAAAAAUUUAUUUUUCUUGAAAAACUUUAUUUACAAAAUAAUGAAAUUAAUUCAUUACAAUUAACAUUUUUAACAAUAUUAAAAAAUUUAAAAGAAUUAAAUUUAGAUUUUAAUCGUUUAACAUUUUUACCUGAAAAUUUAUUUCAAUUUAAUAAUAAACUUAUUUAUUUAUCAUUACAAGGAAAUGAUUUAAAUUAUUUAACAAAUAAAUCAUUUUAUGGUUUAAAUAAUUUAAUUUAUUUAAAUUUAGCACGUAAUCGUUUACAAUUUCAUAUUAAUCAACAACCAUUUCAAAAUUUAAAUUCAUUAGAAAUAUUAAAUUUAGAUAGAAAUUUAUAUUUAAAUUUAACAAAAUUAAGUUUUUCUGGUUUAGAUAGAAAUUUAAUUGAAUUAUCAUUACAAAAUUGUAAUUUAACAUAUAUUAAUUUAUUUAAUAAUCCAUUUGAUUUAUUUCUUAAUCUUCAACGUCUUAAAUUAUCAUCAAAUAAUUUAAAAGAGUUACCGAAAAAUUUUCUUAAAAAUUCUAUUCAUUCAUUAAUAUCAAUUGAUUUACAACGAAAUCAAUUUCAAUCAAUACCUAAUUUAUUUAAUGAAAAUUUUAUUUUAUCAAAAUUAACUGAUUUUGAUCUUAGUUCAAAUCAUAUAUGUACAUUAAAUAGAAAUGAUUUAUAUAAAUAUAAAUAUUUAAAAACAAUUGGUCUUACUGGUAAUCCAUUACAUUGUGAUUGUCAUUUACGUUGGCUUAAACAAUGGUUAAUUAAAAAUUAUGAUUAUGAUUUAAUUAAAUUUCUUCAAUGGACAUGUUCAACACCUAUGAAACUUAUUGGAAAACAAUUAACAAUUAUUGAUGAACAAGAUAUGAUUUGUUUAGAAAAUGAUUAUUCACAAUGUCAAUCUAGUAGUCAAAAUUCAUCUACUAUUAAAUCAACAAGUACACAAUUAACAACUAUUAAAAGUACAAGUACAUCAACUAUAAUUGAUGAAUUAAUAAUAAAUGAUAUAUCAUAUAAUCCAAAUGGUAUGUUAACUAUAACAUGGGAAUAUAUAUUAUCAACAUUACCAAAAUAUAUUCAUUUACAAAUUUAUGAUGAUAUUAAUCGUCAUAUAUUAUUACAACGUUUAAUUGAUGGUAAUCAACGUUCAAUUGAAAUUGAUAUAAAAAAUUAUUUAAAUAAAUCUUCAACAAUUUAUAUGAUUUGUCUUAAUAUUCGACAAAAUAAAUAUUGUCGAAAUAUUCAAUUACAACAAAUAAAAUCUUCAUCACUUAUAUUAUCAUCUGAUAAAUAUGAAAAUAAUCAAUCAUUACAAUAUAUUUAUCUACUUAGUGGAAUAUUUCUUGGAGCUAUAUUUGUUUCUAUUAUGCUUAUUAUUGUUUGUUAUUGGCGUAUACGUCAUAUAUCAAAAGAUAAAUUAUCAAAUUCUAUUGAAAAAUUACCAACAAAUACUUUAUAUCAUCCACCACCACGUUCUUCAAUAUUUUAUCGUCCAUUAAAUAUAAUAAGUUAUCCACAACAGCAGAAACAACAACAACAACACAGUUGUGAUACAAGUGAAUGUUCAAUACAUUCAUCAACUGAUACAAGUCAAUUGGCUAAUGAUUCCUAUCAUAUAUAUCAACAAAUCCCACCUGUAUAUAAUUAUCAAAUGCAUCCAACUAGGACACAUAUUCUAGUAUGA